CCUGCACCUGUGGCUGUGCCCCCGCACCAGCACGCACGAGCUCCGACACCCCGGACAUGCCACCGGACGACGACUCGAACGCAAUGGAAGUCGAGACGGCUGCGACGCCAGCCGCCGAAGACGAAGUGCCGCGCGAAGUCUCCAUCGAGGACGCCGACAUUGGCGCCCAGUUUGGCCGGGUUGUGAAGUGGACAGAGUUGGGCGUUCACCUCGACCCGGACAAGGUGAAUGCGAUCACGCUCACAUUGGACGCACUGACGCAGCAAGAGCUACAAGUUCACGUGCGUGCUUUGAUCGACGGACAACCUUGGAGCUACGAGUUUCUCGUUGGAGGGCAAGGAAACACGGAAGCGAGUGUGCUCAAGCGAGGUGUCAAGGGCAAGGAAGUCGACGUCGCGUGCACGUUCUGCGGGCGCGUGUGCUCGGACACGACGGCAGGUCAUUAUUGGUUUCACUUGUCCCUUCAUUCUCAGCAAUCUGGGAACGACAGCCAAAGCCUCGCCAUCCACUUGUCCAUGGGAGUGGGGACAACCGUCGGCGAGAGAGUAGCUCUGUUCGGAAAGGACUUGCUCCCCCUCUCGUCUACGACCGCAAGCGUCCACAUCGAGUCCAUUGGAAUCACGAGCGGUCGGUCUGCACUCAAGACACGGAGCGCUCUGCUUCGGUCGCAUGUGCAAGCUUCACCGUUAGUUUCGUCGGACAGAAUCCUGACCGUCAUGAGCGACCCAACGGGCACCGAUCUCUUGACGACCGAGCAGCGCGCGGAAUUCGCUGCUGCAUGCGAGAGCGCUCGGCGCCGCGUGGCACGCUUCGGCGGGGAGUUUCGUAUGCCAAACGCCAAGCAGUUCCUCGAUUCGAAGGUCGUUCGCAUCAUGCAGCGCAGCGGCGCCGUGGCCGACAAAGGGUUUGCCACUGGGUUUGACGUAUUGUCGGCGGAAGAAGCCGCGAAGCGUGAUGCGCGUCGCAAUCGAUUCAAUCUCACGAUGGACUACGACAUCAAGUCGGCGCGGGAAAUUUCGAACGGUGCGACGGAAGAAGAGAUUCUCAAACAUCAAGAAGAGCUCAAGCGGCGGGCGGCGCGGUCCGCCAAGUUCGGCAACACUGCUGCAUUCACGUCCACGUUUGUGCCUGGCUCCGCGGAAGGGGCGCUCGUCGCGGCAUCGCCCAAGGUCCUCGCGGAGCGCGUCGACCUCGAUGUGAAUCAGGACGUGCGCUCGGACGCAUUGCACAUGUACAGCCUCGACGAUCAGUUCACGAGCGUCAGGACUCGCGAUAUUUUGGCCUACUUUUUGGGCUACGGGCCGUCGUACGUCGAGUGGACGAACGACUCGAGCUGCACGAUUGUCUUUGACGACGCAUUCACGGUGUCUCGCGCCCUGCUGGCGUUGACAUCCGAGAUGCCCGAUGGUGCGGCCUUGGAGGCGCAGCCGACCAAGGAAGCGAACCCUUUUGCUCCGAAACCCGACCACGACGAUCCAUCGAAAGGUGUCGACCCAAACGGAUGGCGCAUUGGGCUUCCUAUCCACGCCGCGGAUCACAUGGAUCGGUCGUGGCGAGUUUUGCUGCGCCGCGCUACGCUUCGUGACUUUCCACCAGAGAAAACGUGGAAGCGACAACAGUACAACAAGUCGAGUCAUCGGCGCAUGCAGCGCAUGGCCCCCUCCACGACAAGGAAACGUCGUCGAGACCGUGAUGACGACGCCGACAGGACGGACAAGCGCGCGCGUGACGACGACAUGGCGUAGAAAAACAACUGCAUCUAUUUUGUACUUUCGGAUAUGGUUGCGUCAGUUCAAAACUAGACCGUCAAUAAUUUUGACGCAGCACGAUUGACGCAAUUUCUGACGCAAUACAAACAUCAAAUGAAC